UACCGAUGGCACUAUCAGUUGAUAGUGUGCAGCCGAAGACGCAUCACGCAUAUUACGGGCGCUUACGUGGUUCUACCUGUGAUACGGUCCAUCUCGUACAUGUGUGAAAGCGUACGCACCCGGAGCCGGAAUAAGAGUGUCCAGACCGUUACGUUACGUCGUUACAGGGCCGCGGCAAAUUUAAGCGUUGCGCGUACCAAAAAAGGGCGCCGGAAACGUCCAGACGGUCAUUAAAAGCUGUGUGUGAGGUAGUGAUACUUAAAAUUCGCUUUUCGACCCUUACCUGCCGACGGUGAGUUUGAAAAUAAAGGUAGUUAACAAUGCCGUACCACAUUAACAACUAAUACACAGGUGAAAACACAAAAGUAAAGCAAAACAUCACACCCGAAUAAAACGCCAUUUGUUUUACCCUUGCUACCGGGGUUAUGCACCAUCCCUAGCCCCUGCUGCUGCGUUGCACCGAUCAUGAUCAGUACGUUCGUAGUUGCAAACGGUGCGAGGUGUUGAAAUUUCUAUUCAAACGUGUGAUCUUCGGUUUCGGUGUUUGUGUGUCCUCGAAGACGGGAUUGCAUUCCUUUUUACCAUUUUCUUCAUUGCGAUCAUCGUGCUUCGUUCUGCAUUAUUGUACAAGCUGAGGCACGUUUGCCAGUGUUAUUCUGUUUUGUUUAAUACGUGUUUUACAACUGAAGAGUGUAAAGGUGAUGAUUACAUUUGGAUGGUCAAAGCAAAAAAAAAAACAAAGCACCCAUUCCAAUCCUGUGUGCGUGCCUGCGUAUCGUCAGUGUGUGUAUGUGUGUGGUUAGGAUUUGAUACCAAUAUUUGUCAACGGCGAUCAAUCGAUCGCUUUGCGUAGCCGGAUAGUGCGUACAAGUGCGUAUGAAACAGCUUCAUGAUCUACUAUUCCAAAAUCUGUUUCUACACUCAGCACUGGUUGUAUGUGUGUGUGUGUUGAUGUGCUGCCGGAUAAAUCUGUGUAUCGAGGUGCCGUCCAUCUUUGCGUUCUAGGUCGUGCUAGCAACAAAUGUCUCAACUUCUCAACCCUGUUGUGAUUGUAAAUUGAUGCAUAAAUUCAUUGGCCCUAUUAUUGACUUGCCGUAUAGUGUUUUUUUUUUCGACACAGCGAUGCUUCGAUCUAGCUUAAAUUUGUUCAGUGCUGUGUACUUGUUCUGUGUUGCAACUAUCAACUAAAGCGACUUAAAACAAAAGAUCUCUAUUUUCCUCCAUUUUCUUCAGCACCGAUUAAUAUCUAAUGGUUCAGUGCUGUUAAACACAAGCAUUCAUCUUACAGAUACAGUGUAUACAGAUGUUGUGUACAGAUGUUACAAAAGAAAAAGUGUGCUUUGUUGUUGCAGGCCACGAUAAAACAUCGAUCGUUUUUAGCUGAAGCUGAAAACCCUAACCUGACGAAACGAUCACAACACCCUAAAUGAGCUUUCAGGCACAUGGGCGUAGUGUAGUGCGUUCGUAAUUAACAUUCUUUGCCAUCCUAACCCGGGUACCGCCAACAGAACUAUUUCGACGACCAUUUCCCGCCGCAACGGAGCGCUUCCCAGUGUUAGUGUGGAACGGUGGGUUAAUAUAAUCAAAUCGAAAUCGAAAACUCAUCGCCAAACCACGGUUACUGGGUACGGCGGCUACACGCGAUCGGGCCUAACCGGAGUGAGAAAAACCACUGCCGGGGCAUAGAAAUCAAACGCAAAUUGAGUGUAACCUUUUCGGAAUUGGAAUUCUAGAGCAGACGGAUGGUUGUCGCCGUUGUCGCCAUUGCCGUUGCCAUUGGGGUGCAUGAAUCUUGAUUGUUUGGAGGUUUGCUUCUUUGUUUUUUCGUUACCCUGAUUUGCCGUCCUGUACCGAACUAGCGGUACCCCUUAAGGUCACGUGUGUUGGACUGUCAGAACAAGAUAAUCACGUGCACGAAGCGAUACCGAGACAAAUCACACCAAUUAACAUUUCUCCAGGCGUAACGCGGUGAAAGCAGAGCCAAGCAAGAGCCCAAGCAAUGUGCGAAGAUUGGUUCCGACGAAGGAUUUUGCUGCGACUACAGGACGCCCAACAAUCGGUGACCGAUCCCGUCAGUGGGCAGGGUGAUUGAGCCCGUAAAGUAAAAAAAAAGGAAACAGGAAACCAACAUCAUACCACAGAACCGGUAAUCAGUGGAAACUCGUGCCGCAUAAAGAGUAACGCGUGGUACCACCUGUUAAGCCACAUUUCACGAAUAACUCGGUCGAGUUAUCAGUUCAGCUAGUGAAUCGAUUUAAAAAAACAAAAAGCACCGUUGCAUCAUCAAUAUGCACGUGAUCGUUUUGAAGUACGUGCAAGUCCUGUGCAUUACCAUCUUCUUCUCGAACAAUAUCAACUGCGACAAGCUGCUGCUGCACAAUGAGCAGGAGGACCAAGAGCUCUACCGGAUCGGUGCAUGUACGGCCGCGUGCAUGGCCGGUACGGAUGUAGAUGAUACCGGGGAACGGAAUGAGACAAUACUACCUAACCCGGAGCAACUCAAGACUAUCGGACAUUGCUAUAAGCUGUGCUCGGAAGACACACGCCCACUGUCCGCGUGGAAACCGCUGGUACAGCGCCAGGACCCAUCGUUACGCAUUAAUCUCAUCUGCCGCGAUAGCACCAACCUGAUCAUCGAGAUCAAACCGGAACGCAACGGUGGACCGAUCCGUGACGAUGAUGAUGCCCGUGCUAUGAUGAAGCUUAGCUCACCCGAGGGAAAUCAGAACCAAUUAAGUGCACUUCUCGAUGCAGCUGUCGAAUCGACCGAAUCGGUACCGUCCCGUAACAGGCGUGCUAUCGGUUCCGAUGGACCACUACCCGCCGGAUUGCUAACCGAACGUCAAAAAGCUUCCGCCGCUUCGCGGGCAAACCUGCUCCAGGAACCGGGCGGUUCGGGUGAGCGGUUCACGAAAAUCGAUGGAUCUUCAUCGAACACGGCUGGAGGGUCGGGCAGCAGCGACGAUGUUCAUGUCGCGGUCAAGGUUUUGCCGGAACGCGGGAAUUACGCGCGAACGUUACCGGCAACGAAGCGUGUGCGUUCGGUGCCCAUCUAUCUGGUAAAGGUGCAGGAAAGCGAACAGGAACUCGGUGACCGAAUCGUCUAUAUGAGCAAUGCAUCUUUGGUAAAGAUUGAAAAUCUUGCCCCUAAUAAACGGUACAACGUUACGGCCACCAUGCUCACAUCGGAGUACGAAUAUUACUACGUGGAGAAGCAUCAGUUUCGAACGUUACCAUUAAACUACAUGCCGGGAACGAUUACGGAGAUAAUGGUGGAACGGUUUGAACCGAAUGUAAAAGACAGCCGUUUGGUCGAUGCCUUAAUUUCGUGGAAUCCAGCAAAAGAUAAAACAUGUCACUAUGAAAUCGUAUGUCACGCCAGCCAUUCGCCAGACUUUCAGCUUAAACCAAUCGAUGUCCAACAGCCCGAAGUACUUUACAAGUACACCAUCAAAGCGUUAAAGCUUAGUGCCAACUACAUGAUUGCGGUCCGAUCAAAGAACACCCAAAAUGCGAUGAAAGAAAGUCAACUGCAUUGGCAAUCGUUCCAUACGCCGAGCUGUACCAACCUAACGAAUGGAACACAAAUGUGCGCACCGGAACCGAUCAAGAAUGUGCGCGUUACACAGUUGCCGCUGUACGGUGAUCGCUAUCAACUGAACGUCAGCUGGGAUCGUCCCGCCAUCGCACCCGAUGCGUACGUGGUGAAAGUGUACGAUUUGCACGAUCCCGAAACGGAAAAUCCCGCCAACUCCCUGACGAGAAAUCUGACCGGGGAUGCCGUUGGAUUGUUGAUCGAUUCGUUCGAAAUGUUUGGACCACAUUUUGAGGUACUAAUAUUCGCAUACUCCAUUGUUGGUGUAUCAUCACAAAGCACUAUUAAAACGCUUCAAAUUGGACGUGUUAGCUCCGCAGAAUCAUGGAUACGGACCAAGCUGGUUUUUAUCAUACUGACACCGGUACUGAUGAUAGGACUGUUGAAAAUUUCCAUCUCACUCAUCUGUCGCCGAAGGGCCAAGCUAAAGCGGUAUGAAGAACGAUGCGAAUACUUUAAGGAACUGGAGCAAAAGGCACCAGUCGAUCCGAGUACGGAGUUUGAACCGACGUCAAAGCAAAUGCAGGAUCUGCUUGCAUCCAACCAUCCAUUCUCGGCGGAUUUGAUAGCGCCCAUUAAUGAUGAGCUUGAGAUAGAGGUGGAACACAUCAAACUGCACGAUAUGCUGGGUGAGGGUGCCUUCGGUUUAGUUCGUAGGGGUGUAAUUCAACGGGAUGACAGUGACGGAGCACCACACAAACCGGUGGCAGUAAAGAUGCUGAAAGAGUGUCCCCGUGUGGAAGAUAUUAUCGAGUUUCGGCGUGAAAUGGAGGUCAUGAAGUCGGUCGGCACACAUCCGCACAUCGUCAGUAUCGUAGGACAUUGUACGAAAAACGUGCGCAAAAUGAUGCUUCUCACGGAGUACUGUGGACGGGGUAAUUUGCUAAACUAUUUGCGCAUCCAGUGGCAACGAUUGUUGAGACAAAACCGUACAACGGCACCAGCCUCGAUCGUUCCCGAUUCUUUGGAUUGCGAUGUGCGGUCCGGUGGGGCCGAACAUGAAUGCUUAACACCUUCGCUGGAUAAUAACAAAAUGCCGGAAAAUGUGUUUAACUUCGACACAUCGUUUGUGAACGAUAAGAAAUCCUUAACGUACAAAAACCUCUCCGACCAUCGGCAGACACUGCUGUUGGGUGGUUUUGGCCCCAGCGAUGGUUGCCGGCGUUCGCCACAGAUCAUCGAAAACAAGCUCUAUCCAUUGUUUAACGAAGACAGCGAGGGGGACGAAACAUCGAAGCUAACGCGCAAAUCGUUCUGUACGAAUGCGUGUAAGAGUGCGGUAGAAAUCAUCGACGGGCUGCAACGUGGACCGAUGGACAACGAACCGAAGCCGGACUGUGACGGUGUCAAGAGCAAUGUACGGAUUAAACCCUGCAGUUGCCACAGUUCAACGCUCGAUUCAGCCCUUACGCACAAUACGGUUGAGAAUCGAUGCUAUCAAAGUUGCUCCCCAUCGGUGGACGGUGGAAAGGACGAUGAUCCGCUACCGAAUAGUGAGCAGCUGUUAGAAUUUUCUCGCCAGAUUGCUCUUGGAAUGGAGUUUCUCGCCCGCAACAAGGUGGUGCAUCGUGAUUUGGCCGCUCGGAAUGUGCUGGUGUGUGAUAACAAUACGGUGAAAAUUGCUGAUUUUGGACUGAGCCGGGACAUCUACCAGGAAAAUCUGUACCGCAAAACGAGCAAUGGGAAGUUACCGAUCAAGUGGCUCGCGCUAGAAUCGAUGACACAUCAGGUCUACACGUCCCAGAGUGAUGUGUGGUCGUAUGGGAUACUGCUGUACGAAAUAUGCACCCUCGGGGGUAGUCCGUAUCCAUCUAUUUCCACCAACAAGCUGCUACGGUAUCUGGAAAGUGGUUAUCGAAUGGAACGACCGAAAAGUUGCAGUGAGCUGCUAUACGAUUUAAUGUAUUCCUGCUGGAAUUUACAUCCCGGCGAGCGUCCUACGUUCAGCAAAAUUGUACACACCGUCGAAUUGUUGCAGCAAAAGGACGCAUCGAAUGAGCCGGCCAUUAUCGAUCUGAACGCAAUUGCCGAUAGCCAUUGUACAAAAAAUGCUACAGAAGAAAAUUCAUACUUAAAACCGGUUGAGUAUUAGAUCGGAAGUGCGGAACACCACAGGACGUCUGAGAAUUAUCAUGUGCCGUAAUGUAAAAACAACGAAUCGGUCACCUCCGCACCCCGGUGUGUGUGUACACGCGACAACAAGAGGUGUGAUUUUUUUUUACCAGAACUACGCUACAAACAAACAAAAAAACAAGGAGAGCUGCUUGAAAUAUUGUAUAGCAUUAUUGUUAAUUUUCUUUUUUGGAUGAAAUAUAUUUUUAAACAAAUAAACCACGUGUUUUGCAACGGG